AUGCUGAUGCGACCCAAGCGCAAUCGAAACGACGGUCCACUCUUUUGUUUGACAACGCUCACGUACUUCUGUUUCCACUCGUGUGAUCCCUUCACAGGCAAAUACUCACCACAUGGUGUCUCGCCAAGCUUAAAUUCAUGUGGCUUGCCAACCUCGAGCCUGCCCCUCGGACUGACUCGCCAUCCCGUCGGCUCUCCACAGAUGGGUCAGACGCGGUCUCAGAUGAGGCACAUGUCAAAUUCUGCCGCCACCGCCACCGUUGCCACUGCAACUGGCACUACAUCUGCCAUGACAACCAUCGGCAGCAGCAGCUCUCAUAGGGCCUCCAGCAUUUCCGGAAUGAACGGUACAGGUAACGGGAAUGGGGGGAAUUGUUGUGCCAAUCAGGAAGAGCUGCAGACUCAGCGGUUUCUGGCGAACGUACGCGAGCGUCAAAGGACUCAAUCAUUGAACAGAGCUUUUGCAGAGCUGCGCCGGAUCAUUCCCACACUGCCAUCGGAUAAGCUGAGCAAGAUACAGACGUUGAAGCUAGCGACAAGGUGA